AUGCGGUUGGAUGUCCGAGCGCAAUCGGAGCUUGCCACCUCGAUGUUGACUCCCCUCGGCUCUCCCACUGAGUAUUUGACGGGAGUUAGGAAGGAUAGCCAUCUUGCUUGGGACUAUCCGACCGCCUUGCUGUGCGAGAAAGCGGGUAUAGACCUGGUUCUUGUCGGCGACAGCCUCACAAUCGUGGCACUGGGCCACGAUGCGACGAACUAUGCGACGCUGGACGAGAUGAUCUAUCAUUGCAAGGCCGUGGCACGGGGCGCAAAGUCACCCUUGUUGCUCGGCGAUAUGCCCAUGGGCUCAUAUGAGAUCUCGGAUGAACAAGAAGGCCGGUGCGAUGCCAUCAAGCUGGAAGGCGGCGCCGACAUGGCGUCGCGAGUCAGGGCGAUCGUGAAAGCGGGUGUGCCUGUCAUCGGACACAUUGGCCUGACCCCCCAGACGAACACCUCGGGCGCGAGUGCCGAUGGGAUCACAGCAGAGGAGAGUGAGAAUACCCUGAAAGAUGCAUUGGCUCUACAAGACGCUGGGGCCUUUGCGGUGGUGCUGGAAACGGUGGCAGGACCGGCGGCCGAGUGGAUCACGUCGAACCUGAAGAUUCCGACGAUUGGGAUUGGAUGCGGCCCGAAUACUUCUGCCCAGAUUGGCGUCCAGUCCGAGCUGUUGGGUUACGAAAACUCGCUUUGUGCCGCCAUGUGA